AUGUGGAUAGCUAUAGUCCUCUAUUCACUAAUUCACCUUAGUUAUGGGCAUCCUAUUCACACGAGUAAGACUAUUGGAAGAACCCGAGUAAUCAACAUAGCUGCUGUCGACAUUGACUGGGACUAUGCUCCACUGGGCAACCUUGUCAACAAUGAUCCAGUUGCAAAUAACUUCAUCCAACGAGGUCCGAAUCGUAUAGGCAGCAAAUACUCAAAGGUUGUAUAUCGUGAAUACACAGAUAACAGCUUCUUGUAUCAAGCUCCGAGGCCUGCAUGGUUGGGCUACCUUGGUCCCGUGUUCAGGGCGGAGGUCGGAGACACAAUCCUCAUCAGAUUCGCCAACCUGGCCUUCAGAUGCAACCAAUCCUUCACCCUACACUCUCAUGGAAUCUUCUAUUUGAAGAAUGCUGAAGGGGCGCUCUAUGAGGACAACACAAGCGGUAAUGACAAGCUGGACGAUGCUGUGGCCCCUGGCCAGGUGUAUGCGUAUGAGUGGGUUGUUCGAGAAACGUUUGCCCCGACGGCCGAGGAUGAGAACUGUCUCCCCUGGGCCUACCACUCGCAUCGUGUAUCUACCAGGGACGUAGACGCCGGUCUCGUCGGCAUGUUCCUCACGUGCAAGAGAGGAACUCUCGACUCCAGUGGCCGUCGACGUGACGUUGACAAGGAGUUCAUUAUCUACCAAGACGUCGUCGACGAACAAAAGAGUUGGUGUAUUAGAGCCAGCAUUAACAACUGCAUGAACGUCACCGAGUGUACACGACUUCUCGACAACGAGGACGCUGCCUUUGCUGCCUCAAACACCAUGGCUCACAUAAACGGCUACGUGUACGGCAACCUCCCGGGCCUCGUGGUGAAGGUCGGCGAGAGUUGUGUGGCAUUUCUUCUCUCUCAACGUCGGUCUACAGAGCGCCCACAUCAACGGACAAGUUUUGUUGGUUCAAAAUCACAGGUAAAGUCGCAAAUGAACACAGUCACGUUUUAUCCGGCUACGUUCCGGUCAGCGCUGAUGAUACCCGAAAAUCCGGGCGUCUGGCUGUUUGCGUCGAGAAUCGCUACCUGGUACAGAAAUGGCAUGCAAGCAUUCGUCCUCGUUCAACCGAGACAGAAAGGCGGUUACGGUUCCCUGACGCCCUACUAUUCCGCCAUUGACUUCCUGUCACAUGACCACUUGCCGGGGUUAUCUGUCCAUGGCGGACAUUCUGGGAGUUACCUCCCUUACCACGACGACAUCCAUCCAAUCAAGCGGUACUUCAUCGCAGCAGAGAAGGUGGUGUGGGACUAUGGUCCGUCCGGUCAGGACUUGUUCUUUGGAGGAUCGCUGACGAACCCAAACAGCACUUCCUCGAAAUACUUCACCCGCAGCAACAGCACCAUCGGCGGCCAGUACGUGAAGGCGCUGUACAUAGAGUACACCGACGCCACCUUCACGCAGAAGAAGCUGCGGACCCCCGACAAGAUUCACCUUGGGCUGCUGGGUCCUGUCAUCAAGGCCGAGGUCGGUGACACAGUGGAGAUAGUCUUCCUCAACAGAGCCGACCGCAACUACUCCGUGUACGUUCACGGCGUCACAUUCCCCAAGGAACAGGAGGGAUUCGUCACCAGAGACCCUAACAGGAACGGUACAGUUGGUAAGUUCGCCCGGCCUGGCGAGACCGUGGUGUACAGGUUCCAGGUGACCGACAGCGUGUCACCCACCGAGGACGACCCUCCUUGUCUCACGUACACGUACCACUCCGCUGUUGACGUCGUCAGAGACGUGUACACUGGCCUCAUCGGACCAGUGGUCAUCUGUAAGAAGGGACACAGCUUUGACUGGAAGUCCGAGGUUGGACCGGGGCACUGGAGCAGUACUGGGUCCCCCACAGACCGGGAGUUCUACCUCUUGUUCCUUACCCUCAACGAGAAUGAGUCGUGGUACAUUGACGAGAACAUCCAGAGAUUUGCUCUGAAUCCCGCCAGCGUCGACAAGACAAAUGCUGGAUUUAGACUCUCAAAUACCAUGUUCUCGAUAAAUGGCCGAACGUUCGCCAACUUGCAAGGACUGGACAUGUGCGUCGGCGAUCACGUCACAUGGCACGUGUUUGGCCUUGGUGCUUUCCGGGACAACCACGGCGUCAACUUCAACGGCCAAACACUGGAGGUGGACGGCAACCACGUGGAGGGGAAGGUCAUCAUUCCUGGGUCCGGGGUUACUCUCCACUCCAUUCCGGACAGUGUUGGCCGUUGGUCAGUACAUUGUCGCACCAACUUCCACUACACCAACGGCAUGGUUGGUCUGUACGACGUCUUCUCUUGUGGUGCACAUCACUCCCCGCAGUGGGGCCAUCACCGACAUCAUGUGCGACGUUACUACAUUGCCGCUGUUGAAGCUGUGUGGGACUACGCCCCAGUCUUGACAGACCUGGUCACUGGACUCCCUCUCACCAACACCUCGCUGGACGGAUACAAGUUCAUCAAAGGAGGCCCAAAUUUUAUCGGCAGUAAAUAUAAGAAAGCCUUGUACCGUCAGUACACAGACAGUACCUUCACAACACAAGUACCACGUGGACCGGAACAAGAACAUCUGGGAAUUCUGGGACCGUUUAUCAGAGCAGAAGUAGGGGACACCGUUGAGGUUGUGUUCAAGAACCUGGCCUCCAGGGCCUACUCGAUCAAUCCCCAGGGAUUGUUUUACAACAAGGCCAGCGAAGACAAUGCGGUACCGCCAGGUCAAACGUUCGUGUACCAUUGGGAGGUACCCAAGAGGUCAGGCCCUGGCAAGAAUGACCCCAACUGUAUCAGCUGGUUGUACCAUUCAUCCGUUGAUUCCACCAAAGACAUCAGUAGUGGUUUGGUCGGACCUCUAGUAAUAUGUAGACCUGGGGUGUUGAAUGCUUACGGUAAACGUACGGACAAGAUAAACCGCGAAUUUGCUCUUCUCUUUCUAAUAUUUAACGAAAAUGACAGCCAUUAUCUGCAGGAAAAUGCUGCGACGUUUGCACCUAACCGAACCAACCUUGGCGACGACGAUUUUGAAGACAGUAAUGAGAUGCACGCUAUCAAUGGGCUUAUUUACGGGAACGUUCGUGGAUUAACCAUGACAGAGGGAGAGACUAUCGCCUGGCAUAUUCUUGGUCUCGGGAGUUCUGGCGAUAUUCAUCCUGUCCACUUCCAUGGACAGACGUUUAUACACCGCACCGACAAGGCCCACCGCAAUGAUGUCAUUGAGGUUUUUCCUUCCACAACUGAGACGGUUGAGAUGUUCACUGAUAACCCCGGUACGUGGCUGGUCCACUGCCACCGGGAUCACGUGAAGUUUGGAAUGGAAGCUGUUUACACAAUCAAUCCGAAAAAUAGUAUUAUAGGCCCACGUCAUGUCAAUCACUUUUUAUUCCGACCAAAUCAUUAUUAA